AUGUCCCUCCAAGAGGCGACCGACGACAUGUUCGCGCCGCCCGUGAACCGCGCCAUGAAGGUGCUCGACCGCAGUUUCUUCCAAAAGACUAUCCCCACUUCUGCCGCCCGCAUCUUCAACCCCAAGGACAUUUCACGCUGCCGCAAGGAACUCACGGCCGCCAAGGAUACUCUGCCGAACAAUCGCGUCGAUCCAAUUAGGGCAGAUCCUGACGUGGACAAAGCGCAGAAGGGCGUCAAGUGUCUGCUCCUGCGGCCGGAAGUCAUCCACACUGAUCGAACCACAUGGUCCCCUAAGCUGCGCGAUCUCGAGCAGGACGGCACAUUGGGCGUAAUACCCUACCAGCUGCACCUCGACUACGACUACUUCACCUACUCGGAGAUCACGGGCGCCAUCAUCCCCCCGCCAGAGUCCAAGCACGACGACGAAAUCCCUCAGGGCUUUGCCCUCGCCGGUCAUGUCGCCCACCUAAACCUGCGUGAGCGAUACUGGCCAUACAAGUACCUCAUUGCCGCGGUUCUUGCCGACAAGAACCCAAUGGUCAAGACCGUCAUCAACAAGCUGGACAAUGUGGGUACAGAGAAUGCCUUUCGCACAUUCCAAUACGAGGUCCUGUACGGACCUGACGACAUGAACGUCGAGCUCCGCGAGCAGGGCUGCACCUUCAAGUUUGACUUUGCCAAAGUCUACUGGAACACACGUCUGCAUACCGAGCAUGAGCGCCUCUGCAACUUGUUCAAGGAAGGCGAGGCCAUAUGCGACGUCAUGGCAGGCGUAGGCCCUUUUGCCAUCCCCUCUGGCAAGAAAAAGUGCUUCGUCUGGGCCAACGACCUCAACCCGGAGUCGUACAACUCGCUCGUAAACAACAUCAAAAUCAACAAAGUCGGCGACUUUGUCCGCCCCUUCAACAUCGACGGCGGCGCCUUCAUCCGCCAAGCAUCUGCCCACCUCCUCGUCCUAGACCCCCGCCACACCAUCCCCAUCUACCCAAAAACCAAAUUCUCCCGCAGCAACCCCCAGGAAAACAAGCAACCAGAGCCCAUCAAGACGCUCGUUCGGCCCCGCUUCUUCGCACACUAUGUUAUGAACUUGCCUGCUUCCGCUAUUACUUUCCUCCCUUCCUUCAUCGGCCUCUACGCCAAUAUCCCCGGCUUACCUGCCGCUGAUAUCAAGAAAAUGCUAGCUCCCCACACGGAGCAGAAGCUACCUAUGAUUCACGUCCAUUGUUUCUCUACAAAGAGCGACGAUAACGUAGCUGAGAUCAAGGGUAUUUGCGAAGAAAUAAGUAGACAGAUUGAGUACGAAAUCACGCCGGGUAUGGCAGAUGUGUAUGUGCAUGAUGUACGCGAUGUAGCGCCCAAGAAGAGGAUGUUUUGUGCGAGUUUUAGGUUGCCCGAGGAUGUGGCGUUCAGAGAUGUUUAA